AUGAAGCUGCGCUACGACUACCAGUACGGGUUCGGGAACCAUUUUGCAACAGAGUGUGUACCCGGAGCGCUACCAGUGGGUCAGAAUAAUCCCCAAAAGUGUGCAUAUGGGCUCUAUGCUGAGCAACUAUCUGGGACGGCGUUCACGGCGCCGCGCAGCGCGAACCAACGAACCUGGAUGUACCGCGUUCGUCCCUCUGUAGACCACGGGGCAUACCAGCGGGUAUCUUUCGCAGAGCGAGCGCCAGGUCUGGGCUUUCGAGGACAGAUCGCGACACCAGAGCGGCUGCGCUGGCAACCGCGCGACGACGCGGCCCCAGACAGGACUGCCGACGCCGCCGACGCCGACACCGACACAGACUUUUUGCGGGGCCUGUUCCGUAUUGGAGAAAACGGGCUUCCCGAGGACCGAAACGGUCUCUCCAUAUAUUCGUAUUGGUGUAAUACGUCCAUGGACGGGGAGGCAUUCUACAAUGCUGACGGGGACCUGCUCAUCCUCCCGCAACAAGGCGAACUCGUGCUCCAAACUGAACUCGGCAUGCUGGAAGUGCCCGCUGGGCACGUCGCUGUAGUGCCGCGUGGCAUCCGCUUUGCUGCACGUGUCGUUCCCAUGAGUGACACUACGUCGACUAGCCGCGGCUUUGUUCUUGAGGUCUACGACAGGCACUUUGAGUUGCCCGACCUUGGUCCCAUUGGCGCGAACGGAUGCGCUGCACCCCGCGACUUCCGCUACCCGCUCGCCUAUGUGGACCGCGAUACCCUCCAGAGCUCUUGGCGAAUAUGGGCCAAGUUCCAAAACCAGAUCUUUAUGUAUGAGACGGAUCACUCCGUCUUCGACGUUGUCGCCUGGCACGGCAACUACGCGCCAUUUGCCUACGAUCUGGACCGCUUUUGUCCGGUAAAUGCGGUUCGUUUCGACCACAUGGACCCAUCGAUUUUCACGGUGCUCACUUGUCGCAGCGAUGAACCUGGAGUGGCGCUAGCUGACUUUGUUAUAUUUCCACCGCGCUGGAACGUUCAGGAGCACACGUUUCGACCUCCGUAUUUUCAUCGAAACUGCAUGACGGAGUUCAUGAUGAACCUAGCGGGAGAAUACGAUGCGAAGAGUGCGGCGGGUUUCCCACCGGGUGCCUGCUCGCUCCACUCGAUAAUGAGUGCGCAUGGGCCGGAUCUCGAGUCUUUCGCCCGGGCUGCCACGGAACAACUCCGACCGAAACGCCUACCGGACUCGACGCUGGCGGCUAUGUUCGAAACCAGUCGUAUGUUGCGCAUUACCAAAGAGGCGCUAGAGCUGCUCCCUCUUGAUCGAACGUAUACGAGUUGCUGGCGCGAUUUUCCGCCAGCAACGAUACCUUCUUCAUAG